GAUUUAGUGUUUCCUUUUCAAACAUUUCCUUCCCUACUCUUCUAUCCAGACACAUAGAAUACAUCCAACCAGUAUUAACCAUUAUUCAUGCAACUUCUUUAACGCUACUGUCUGGCUCUGAGCUCUCCUGACCAGUUUUUUUUUCUUCUUCUUCUUUUCCUUCUUUUAGUUUAAGGGUCUGCACACCUAUGCAGUCAAGGAACUGGUUGGUAUUUUUCCGUGAUGUCUUCAGUUGAACAAUUCAGGAACUAGUUCAUUUCAAAGGUGGUAAGGUUGAUGUCUAUUGCCGUUAUUUUAGCAAGAAUUAGCAGUCGUACCAUAAUAUAUAUAUUUUUAAUGACUCAAACAAUUGUAUUUGGAGUUGUAUGUAACCCGCAAUUAGUCAAGGACUUUUAUUUUUGCGGGCCCAUUUCCUGUUUGCCCCAAACUCUGCUAGCUUAUUUAAUGCCCCGCCUCCAGCGCGCAGUUAAAAGAUCCUCACCUGUUUCCACUGUGGUUGUGGCUCGUUGUUAGUGUCUUCCUCGUGGACUCAUCAAAAUCUUUAAGCCCACUGACUUGAUUGCCUGAAUUAUUGGCGUUGCUUACCUGGAUGUCACCGGGAUUCUGGCACAGCUGGUUGUGGCUAAGCAUACCCACUCUCUUAAUAAGCUUAGAAAAGUUUCUGGAUUAAGGCAGAAUUGACACAAAGCGGCAACGCCACUCCAAGCAACACUUGCGAGCGGCACAGAAGCGGUGGAGGGAAACCGAGACGGAGAGAGAGAGCGAGCGAGCGAGCCCGACGCGACGGGGUGAAGGCAACAACCCGGGGGCCCCUCAGAAGACGCCGAGAGCUCUGGUAGCCAGAAGGCGGACGAGUCCAUUCCAGGCAGUGAGUGAGAAAGCAGCAGAGAGGCAGAGGAUCUUUGCCGACGAGGUCCCGAAGGAUGGAAGAGAAGCCGCUCUCUGGGAUCCUGAAUGGAGCCGUUCCAGGGGAGCCCGUGAAGAAGGAUGAAAACUCCCGGAGGGGAAACUGGGGCAACCAGAUCGAGUUUGUCCUCACAAGUGUGGGCUAUGCAGUGGGCCUGGGCAACGUCUGGAGGUUUCCCUAUCUCUGCUACAGAAAUGGAGGAGGUGCCUUCAUGCUGCCGUACUUCAUCAUGUUGGUAUUCUGCGGCAUCCCUCUCUUCUUUCUCGAGUUAUCCUUCGGUCAGUUUGCCAGCCUCGGGUGUCUGGGUGUCUGGAAGAUCAGCCCUAUGUUCAAAGGCGUUGGUUACGGCAUGAUGGUGGUGUCCACCUACAUCGGGAUCUACUACAAUGUGGUCAUAUGCAUCGCCUUCUACUACUUCUUCAUGUCCAUGACGAACCUGCUGCCCUGGACGUACUGCAACAACCCCUGGAACACGCCGGACUGCAGCGGGGUGGUCGGCAGCGGCGCCCAGCUGAACGGCAGCCUGGCGAACGCCACCGCCAGCCUGGCAGCCGGGGUGACGGAGGUGGUCAACCGCACCAAGAGGACCAGCCCCAGCGAGGAGUACUGGAAGCACUACGUACUGAACAUCUCCGAUGACAUAGGAAACUUCGGGGAGGUCCGCCUCCCCAUCCUGGGCUGCCUGGCUGUUUCCUGGUUCGUGGUUUUCCUCUGCCUCAUCAGGGGCGUGAAGUCUUCAGGAAAGGUGGUGUAUUUCACAGCCACGUUCCCUUAUGUCGUUUUGACUAUUCUGUUCAUCCGUGGGAUCACAUUGGACGGCGCUAUCAACGGCAUUAAGUACUACCUGACUCCACAGUGGCAGAAGGUUCUUGAUGCAAAGGUGUGGGGAGAUGCUGCCUCGCAGAUCUUCUACUCCCUGGGCUGUGCCUGGGGCGGUCUCAUCACGAUGGCUUCUUAUAACAAGUUCCACAACAACUGUUUCAGAGACAGCAUCAUCAUCAGCAUAACUAACUGCGCCACCAGUGUGUACGCCGGCUUCGUCAUUUUCUCCAUCCUGGGCUUCAUGGCGCACAACCUGAAUGUCCCGGUGUCUGAAGUGGCCGAUCACGGACCCGGCCUGGCCUUCGUGGCGUACCCGGAAGCCCUCACCCUGCUGCCAAUCUCACCUCUGUGGUCGCUGCUGUUCUUCUUCAUGCUCAUCCUCCUGGGGCUGGGAACUCAGUUCUGCCUGCUGGAGACGCUGGUGACGGCCAUCGUGGACGAGAUCGGCACAGACUGGAUUAUCAGAAACAAGACCGUGGUCACGCUCUCUGUCGCCAUUGUGGGUUUCCUGCUGGGCGUCCCGCUCACCACGCAGGCAGGAAUCUAUUGGUUGCUGCUGAUGGACAACUACGCUGCCAGUUUCUCUCUGGUCAUCAUCUCCUGCAUCAUGUGUAUCUGCGUCAUGUACAUCUACGGUCACAGGAACUACUUCAAGGAUGUUGAGAUGAUGCUGGGCUUCCCACCUCCUCUCUUCUUCAAAGUCUGCUGGAGAUUCAUCUCACCUGUCAUUAUCUCUUUCAUCCUGAUCUUCACGGUCAUCCAGUACAAGCCCAUCACUUACAAUGACUACGUGUAUCCCGGCUGGUCCCUGGCUAUUGGCUUCGCCAUGGCCAUGUCCUCAGUGAUUUGCAUACCUGUUUAUGGCCUGUACAAGAUUUCCAGGUCCCCAGGGGCCACCUUUAGAGAGCGGUUGAAGCACGCCUGCCAAGCACAUCCGAAGUGGGGCCCGGCCCUGGCUGAGCACAGAACAGGCCGCUACGCCCCCACGGCCCCCGCUGACACCAUCGAGGCCCGGCCCAUGAAGGAGAAAGAGAAAGAGAAGGAGGAGCUAAGAGAAGAGCACAAGGAGGAGGAGAAAGCGAAGGAGACGGAGAAAAAGGAUGAGAUCAGCCUCACCAUCCAGGGAAGCAACGGCUCCACCAACACACACAACAACCCCAACCCCAGUGCAUAGACGCCGCCUCUCUCUGUCAGCGCUACUGGGCCACCGUCUCCUCCUUCUCUUCCGCCCUUCUCCUCACUUCUCCUCCAUCCUCACCCUACUUUCCCACAGUCCUCUGUGGGGGAGAUCCCAUUCGCUGGAGACCUUUACAUAUUGUAAGGGCUUAUUAUAUCUAUCCUAACCUCUUCUAUCUGUCUGCGUGUUAUCUCUAGACAAAAGAAGAAGAAAAAAAAAGAAAAUGAAAGGAUCAAGGAAUUUGGGUCAUCAUCCAAAAGGUCUGCGUGUUUGUGCCGCAGGCGUGUAAGCGUGCGCUAAUGUGUGCCGGGAGUGAGUUGUUGAUUUGUACCGCAUAAUUUAAUAAUGGAGUUUGUUCUUCCUUUCCUUUCAUUUUUCAUUUUUUUUUUUUUUCUUUUUUUGGUGUAAAACUUGUAAAUGUCAUCCUCAUCAUCAGCAGUUAGAGGUACAGUAGAUCGUGGAGCUGCAGGUGCUCGUUUUGUGCGUGCAGCCGCAAAGAGACGCGCGCCGUUCUCCGGUAUCCAGUCGGCCAGGUCCGUUCGGGACGGACGAACGUCGUAGUGGCGGCAGUCAGACAGCCGGAGAUCUGAUGUGGUGCUGUAGCGUAGGGGGGGGCAGGGGGACAGCGAACCGUGUCGGCACUGGCAUCUGACACGGACAAAAUGGAAAUAAGCUUCGUUCUGCAGCCAGAAAAAGAGGCGGACACACCGAAUCGCGCUAGUAGACAUGAAGGAUCGAACCUGCUUUACUCAAACAGAAAGAAAUAAGUGGCCCAGUAAAUAAACUAAUAUGGCAACAAAUGCACCCAAACGUAUGAUGGCGUAAGAAGUCGCAUAAAUUGGAUUUUUGUAUUUUGUUUUUAGCUGUCAAAAUAUUCAAUAUUUGUGAUGAUUCAUGUCAAUUUAUUUAAUUCUGUUACAUACAUAUAUAUUCAUUUACACAUUUAUGCGUUGUUUUCAUUUUUCAAUUAAUCUACUUACUUGUUACAUGCAUUUAUUUUUUCCUCUCUAAAAUGACGAAUAUGAUUACAUUUUUUUUAAAUAUAUGGGCACCAAUUUUAUUCUUCAAAGAUUUAUUAUUAGCAUAUGAUCAUUUAUUUCCUUAUUAUUAUUUUCUUUUUUUUUUUUUUUGACAAAGUGACCAGUGAUAAGAAAAAGCAAUCAAUGAAAAUGGAAUCUUUGGAAAUUAAAUAAACAAUAAUAUAAAACAUGAAAUAAGCAUGUCUUAAAAAUACAAAUAAAGAACCCAAUGGUAAGGAAUAAAUAACUAAGAAAAUAAGCAUAAAGUAAAAAUUCUCCAAAUAAAAAGGAGGGAUGAUAACUUUUUUUAGCCAUUUUAUUAUUCUGUAAAAAAAAAAAAAAAAAAUGUUUCAAAUAUCUCAAUCGUUUUUGUUGGAUUUUUUUUCGGUCCAUUAAUUGCUCUAUUGAGCCAUUUAUCGAUUUCUGUUUUCACUGACUAAGGCAGGUUUGGCCUUCCGUACAUAGACUCUAAAUAGAGCAUUUUCCACAGCACACAGUGACCUCAGACUUAGUUGAUUUCAGUUUAGGACUAAGCCUCUUGUUUUCUUAUGCUGCUUAUUCUUCAAAUGAACCACACAGAGCACAAAUAUUUAACUGCACCCAAGAAUAUAAAUAGUACUUGAGACUGAUCUUCUGCGGGAAUUUCCCCAGUAGUUACUUUGUUUUUCACUAAAGCUGCUUAGAUUUUAAAAUGAUAAUAAUAAUAAUGAAUUGUACUGGUAACGCUGUCUUUUCAUUCUCGCAAGCAUUUUUGCUUCAUUUUUGAUAGAAGAGGUCCUAUUGCCCCAUUUCUCAGGGUCCAAGUGAAGGUAAACUCUGCGGUUUCUUGCCUGUGGAAACUGUUACAGCGACUAAAACCACCGAAUUUUACCCGCUGUCUGAAAACACCCACGUGAGUGGAUGCAACUCUCAGCAUACAAACUGAAGUGCCAUCUCUUCUUAAGUCUUCCAGGAAUUGUUUUUGAGUGAAGUGCGUCUUAGGAUGUGAUCUGUGAAGAAAAAACCUGUGUACUAUAGUCAGUGUCUAAUGGGUCAUAGCCGUCUACACCCAUCUGGCAUGCAACCUGAGUUACAUGGGUGUUGCACAUUUUACGAUUUAGAAACGGACGCGGUGCGUGUUGGUCCUUUGCCGUCUGUGGAACCCUUAAGUGUAUUAUGAGACUCUUUGUUUUCAAGCUCUGAGCCAAGCUGUUAGAGAAACAAAAGGCAGAGAGACGCCGCUUGUUUCCAGAAGACAACGGACUAAAACUCUGCAGUGAAAUCAGUAGUUUUCUGUCUAGCUGCGACGGUUAUUGUUCUCUCUGUAGAUGUCGUCUUUUUACUUCUCAUUGUAAGGUAACUUAGUGAAUAAUAAUAAAGACAGUAAAUGUUUAUUUUGUACAAAACGUAAAAGCUAUAGAUUUGUGAUUAACCAUGUUUACCUGGUUUCCUCUUCUUACACUGGAGAGACGUCUUUCUGACGCAGGUUGUUGGGCUGAGUGUUGACCGGGAACUGUCCGGUUCAGUGGCGUGUCGCAUGGCGUUUGUAAAGACAGAACCGACCCUCGUGGGACUUCUAAUUAUACCCCAUCCGCACAUCUACAUCAGAAACUUUACAAUGUCAUUUUGUGACUCCGCAUGGUGAAAUGGUUUUGGGUUCAUUAGCAGAGGCCACUUUUUUUAUAGAUGACAUUAACCGUGACGUCGUUUCCUCAGGUUGACACUCAUGUUUUUAUGACUGUUAUGCUUCAGCGAGCACUGAGAACAUGUUUGAACUUCAAGUCGAGAGUUAUGUUGUACAUUCCUAUGUAGAAAUAGACUACUUCCUGGUUGGAAUUAGCUGCAAACAUUGCACUGCCAGUUAACUUAGUUUAGCGGAAGAAGUGAAUAGGCUACGUAGCUAAGAACAGACAUUGAGUAACGAUAAUUUGACACUACCCAGAAUCAUUUUCGAGCGGUACUGUAGUCUGAAUUCCCAAGUUCCUUGUGAGAAAAAUCUAACCGAAUACUCAAUUUGGUUUUGUGACAUUAAAUAUCAUAGAUCCCCAGCCAACCUCAGAUUUGAUUGAUUUGGCUGCUGUUCAUAUGAAACGUUAAAUUGCUAGGAUAAAUAAUUUGCAUUUCUAACAUUCCCUAUAAAUUCACAGCACACUUGAUACUGUGAAUGUGACAUUUCAGUACUUAAACGUUUCAAAUGGAGAGAGAAAUGUUAGUAUUAGCUUGCUUUGGCGAUAGAAGUUGCCCUAAAACAACUUGCAAAACGAUUUGAAGCAGGCUCAACUGAGGCAUCGGCUUCUGAUGCUAAAAGAACUCAAACCGUUUUGCUACUUUGGCGUAACUAUGCAUGGGCUGGUUUCAAAGUACAUCUAGGAUUAAAAGAAUUAUGUUCAAAAACUGUUUAGCAUUUUUCUCCUGUAGUAAAAAAAAAAAAAGUUUUUUGUAGUGCCCAAGAAAUUCCCUGUGACUGUGGAGUGUGUGCAACAAAAGGUAACAAAGAGGUGCUCAGUUUUUAGCUAGCUGGAAAAAAAAAAAACAAAACUACUAAACUUCCCCCUUACUUGUAAGGCCAAUAAAUCACUCAUCAUUCACUCUUUUUAAAGUUUUAAGCAACCAAUUGGCUAUCAAAUAAGAUAGCUAAUUAACCAGCUAGCUAAGAUCAGCUUGCUGUUUUCCUGUUUGUUUGUGGUUCAGUUUUUACAUAUUUACAGAUUAUUCUGCUUAAGAUAUUUUUGGUGCUUAAAUAAUAAUAAAAAAAACAGCCAGUUUUAAGUGGAGGUCCACCAUAUACAAAGAGCAAAAUGCUAAAAAAGUUAAAACAUUAUUCUCAUAAAAUAAGUACUACUGCUACACUUAUGUUUUAUUAUAUGUCAUGGCUUGAAUCUGUGUAUCAAAAUCAAACUAAAUUAAUGUUAUAAAUAAUGUUAACGAUGCGUUAAGAAUCAGUUAUUUCAUGUAUUUCUUUAGAGAGGAAAAUUUGAUCUGUUCUGUUUUAAAAACUCACACUUACAUUUUUCUAAUUAAUACCGUGAAACUGUGUGGCAUUUUUAGGUGAAGGUUUUAAAUGCCAUGAGAAUCACAUAAAGGCUCAUUCCCAGUCAUAACUUCUUUUGUUUUUGUUGUUGCUUAAAAAAAACUAAAAAAAACUGCGUUGUCGAACUGAACCGACAGCCUAGCAACACUUACACUACCUAACAGUUUUGCGUAGCAAAAAUAUAGAAUGAUCAUUUUUAAAGGCGUUUUGGACAUAAAUUAUGUGCCUAUUGUUAAUCUUUAUGCAAAGUUAAGCAAAGCUAAUACAAUCUCCUUAUGAGAAAAACAUUUAUUUUGAUAUUUGACUGAUUCUAGCACAGCAAGGCACAUAUCUAGAAAUGGUGAACCUCUCUGUGAAAGUUGCUGUUUUGCAACUUCUGGAAGACAAACGAUAGCACUUCUUUGGACUAGAUUUGCACAUACGGAUAGAUUUAAAUUUGGGAAUGCAGUUGCUCCAACAGACCACAAGAUGGAGCAAUGCUGACAAAAUUUAAAUAGAGGGAGAGACACAAGACCGACGUGACCAAACAGAAGAAGAAGGAAAAAAAGAAAGAAAUAAGAGCACAUAAAGUUAAAUGCAAAGAAGCACAGUGGACAUUCUGAAACAAAGCACAUAUUGUGAUCCAGCCUUUGUACAGAGAAGCUCAGAGAAAUGCAACCUGGCUAAUCUAGAUCGAAUAACUCUGGAUAUUUUAACACCAAUCAUUCCAAUCAUAUUGGGUAUUUUACGAUGUUUUAUAUAUAUAUUAAGGCAAAGCAAAAGCAGGUGCCUUUUGACCCCAGGAAGUAUCAUCCUCUUUCUAAAUCUCUUGAUGAGCAUCAUCAAAUUAAAAAAAAAAAUUAAUUAAAAAAUAGGGUUUUGCUUGCUGAAAGAUGAAAGAAGAAGGUAUUUUACUCAGUAUCUAGUGGGAACCAUGUAGCUCAGGCAUCGUCCUGUUCCUGUCUUCGAGUGACCACCAUACAUACCGACCCCCUUACUAACUCUGCUGGACCCUUCAUCUCCUCCUGCUAUUGUACAGUAAUGUAAAAAAAAAAAAGAAACGACAUAAUCAGACUGUUUGUGUUUGCUUCAGUGCGAGCGCGUUUGUGUGUCCGUGGGUCCGAGGGAGAGCGGGCUUUGACUGACUUUCACUUGUCAUGUUUCUGGUAGUGUAAAGUAAAGUAGACGAUGUCAGGUGUAUUAUGUAUUACAUGUGUAAUAGAUUAGCUCUCGCUGCAGAAACCUGCAUGUAGAGCAGGCUGCUGUCAGCGUCGAUGUCCAUGUACCCCGUAAUCCACAGGAAUUAGCUCUGUGCUAUUCUACUAACACCCAGUGAAAACUGUUAGUGGGGGAAAAAGAGAAAUGAACAGAUUUUGGACUAGAAGUUGAGAAAGAAGACUAUUGUUAAUUUUGGUAUUUUAGGAAUUGUUUAUCGAUCUUUCACGACACUUUGUUUUUGAAGUUGUACCCUUUGAAGUUUUUUUUUAAUUUUUUUUAAACAACAAAAAAAAAGCCAGCUGAUAUUAAAAAACAUUGCCAAACAAAAAAGCUUUGGAUUGAAACUUGAACUACAACAGAAUGGAGACUCAUGCAUCACAAUGCUUUUGUUUUCUUGUUGUUGAUUUUUUUUUUUUUUUUCCUUAACAGUAUUACAUCUUUAAGCUGUUUUAACGCUGUGCAGUGCGAACAAUAUUUCAGUGUUUACCUUGGUGUUAGCGUGCGGCCCGCCUCAGUUUUGAGCCGUCUGGCUGCUUCUGUCGAUCCAAUCGUGUGAAAAGCAGAAUAUAAACACCAAAAUCACUCUGCAGCCGAGGCCGGAUCCGCACUCAGAGCUCACCUGCGCGUUUCUGGGCAUGUUGUAGUAGGGAGAUGUUGUCUCUAUGGUGACAUUGCAGUCAAAUGAUGCCAGAUGUAGCGAAUCAGAAACGUAAACUGUCGCGUGUUCAACACGGAGAGUCACGUUUGCCAUGAUCAAGAGUAAAUGCAGAAAUAAAUUGAACUAGUUUGACUGCAAAACCACCAACAAAUGAUUAAAAAAAGAAUACUUUUAACGAUUAUCCUCGCAAUAUGGAAUAAACUGUCAUUUGUAUUUUAAUCUUUUUAACUGCUCUAGUUUAUUUAUUUCCUCCUUCUAAAUUUUCAUUUAUGUAUUUUCUUUCAUUUACUGACAUAAGGACAUAUUUAGAAAAGCUUUGUAUUGCUUUUCUUUUUGUUUAUGACGGUCAGAUAAGUAAAAACGAAAAGUUAAAAAUGAGAAAAUGAGUAAAGAAUUUUUUUUAAAACGUGAAUCUGAAAGUGUCGGCUUUCUGGCAAAGUAAAGCACAAUACUGAAAACAUUUGGGGAAAAUAAAAUCAAUAAGAGUAAACCAGUACAGAAAUAAACAUGCAAAAGUAAUAAAGUGGAAGUGAGUAAAUAAAAGCAUCAUCAAAACAAAACAGUAGGGAUGAUUACUGAUUAUUUAUUCCUCUACAUACGCCAACAUAGUUAUCUAAAGUUUUUUUGUUGUAUUUCCUACUUUGCAUAAAGACUGAAUUAUUUCUGUAUUUCUUUCUGAUUGUGGCAGAAAUCAGAAAUGUCCUAAACUACUUCUAAAGGAAAAACAGAAUUGAUCCAGGUCUCCAGCUACUAAUCAGUACUCACUCACGUCAUCUCUCCACAAAUACUGAUGUUAAUGAAAAAUAUACAAACUUAGGAUUUGUUGUUGUUGUUGUUGUUGUUCUUGAGCAGACAAACAGAAACGUGGCGAUAAGAAAAACUCUAAACUGUGACCUUCUGCGUCUCUGUGGUUUCAUGUAAAUGACAGAACUUUACCUCUUGAAUUUCUUACUACUGUUCAUACGAGCAUAUUCAUACCGCAGCACUUUAGUGAGAUUUUUUUUUUUUCCUCUUUAAGAGCAGAAUAUAGAAAUGUCAAUUUGUUUUUCUUUAAAAAAAAAUAAAAGCACAAGAAAAGAAAAUCAUUUGUUUUCCAAGGUUACGGCGGAGAGAAAUUGCAGUGUUGCAUUUGGUGGGAUGGAGAGGUUGACAAGAGAACACAGCUCUUCUGGUACCUUCUAUCAUAUAUAUAUAUUUAUAUAUAUUUAUAUAUAUAUAAAUAUAUAUAUGUAUAUAUAUAUAUAUAUAUA